AUUUCCGCUCAAACCCACUCUCAAAUCCGUUUAAACCCUAGCCUAAGUAUCCGCUCAAACUCUAACCCUAAAUAUCCGCUCAAAUGGAAUCCGCUCAAACAAUGACAGAGAAGAACAAAAACACUUUAGGUAAAAGGAAAAAGCCAGAUAGAGAUGCAGUGUUAACUUCAGAUAGAGAUGAAAGGCUAUUGAAAAUGACCUGGCAAGACGCAGGGAACUAUAAGGAUUGUGGAGUAUUCUGUAUGCUGCACAUGGAGACAUACAAGGGAGAUCCUAAGUGGACUUGUGGCAUAACCCGAGCAAAUGCGAGCAAGAAUAUUCAUUGUCUACGAAUCCAAUACCUAUCGAGGAUUCUACAAUCCGAUUCUAACAUUUAUCGGAUGAACUUAAAAUACAAGACCAGAAAGUUGUACAAAACCAAAUUAUCCAAAACAGUAAUGUAA